GGACGUUCUCGGAAGGCCAGCGCGAACCUUGUGUUGAGGGCUCCUCUGGCUUGCAGUGCGGAUUAGCCAUUGCGACCAUACUCAGCAAUGGCUCUUGAGGCACCCUUGAGAUCAUCGACUGGAAGUUUUCAAUCCAUCUACUCCCCAUACACAGAGAUGUCACUCUCGGCGGGUCCAGAUUCCCCGCUGCCUGCUCAGUAUAUGGCGUACGACUCCCUCUCUAUCGAUUUCCAGCCCAGUCAUACUAACUGACUCUUU